UUCGAGUCUCUGUGAGAAAUCUAUGUUUUGCUGGUUUUAUCUAAACCUUUAUUUGUGAGAAGGGAUGUUUCUAGGGAGCCUGGCUGUUCACAUGGGUUUGAGGUCGAAGAAAGUGAUCAAGCUGGUUCCCGAGUAUCUCCUGAAGAAGAGGAAAGCCUACCAAGCCAUCAAAGCCACUCAAGCCAAGAUCGCGUUGCUUGAGAAGAGAAAGGUAUCUAAAGGCAAACCGUUGAAGUUCAAGCGCUUGGAAGACUUCUUGAAAGACAGCCACAGGAGACACCGUGAUGACACCCGCAUCCAGAGGUCAGAGGUCAGGCCGCCAGCCCCUCUGCCUCCAGCCAAGAGCAAGCUGGCCUUCGCUGUCCGCAUCAGAGAGAUCAAAGGCGUCAGCCCCAAAGUGAUGAAGGUGGUCCAUAUGCUGAGGCUGAGGAAGAUCUUCAGCGGGGCCUUCGUCAAAAUCAACAAGACCUCCAUAGCCAUGAUGAAGAUAUUGGAGCCGUACGUGGCCUGGGGAUUCCCCAACUUGAAGUCCGUCCGCGAGCUCAUUCUGAAGAGAGGACAGACCAAGGUCGGCAGGAGGAGAGUCCCCCUCACGGACAACAACUUCAUCGAGCAGCACAUGGGUAAACACGGCAUCAUCUGCCUGGAGGACCUCAUACACGAGAUCUACUCGGUCGGCAGGGGCUUCCGGGCCGCCAACAACUUCCUGCAGCCCUUCAGGCUGUCGGUGGCUCGCCACGCCGCCAGGGACAAGGCCGGGCUCCUGAAGGACCUGGGGAACCCCGGGUUUCGCAACACGGACAUUAACUCCAUCAUCCGGCUGCUGAACUGAGGAGGGAUCACGUGCAGGACGGACAAUCGGCGGCUUCUAUGGGGACGCUUUAUCCAUCGAGCAGCGAACGCCAACGACAAAAUAUUACUGGUCUUUUUUGUUUCAUUGGCAGAGAAGCUCAUGGUUUAACCCAGAGUCAUAUUUAACAUACAUGUAUCUGUGCACACAUUGUUGUGGUUACAAGCUGGGACCAGAAGGACCUGAAGUGGAGUCUGUUCCACUUAAGUUUAGUAGUUCCCCUGACUGAUGGAAGCUGUUUGGUGAAAAAUAAUAUUUUGAAUCACUUGUGAAAUGAAAAAUAUUGUCCGUUAAGGCAAAACUUCACCCACAAAAUGACCGUUUGUAUAUCAGUUACUUUGUAUUUCUCGCAAGCCUCCAAGGUGAAGAAUUCAAGGUAACACGUGUGAUUAAUUGAUGUACAAAAUGUUAAUCUUUGUGGUUGAAGUAUUCCUUUCAAAGGGUGCUCAGUCGCUACACUUAUUCCUAAAUUUGGAAUGGAUCAACACUGUGCUGCAUAUAAAAGGACAGUAAUAAGAGUUAUAAGGGCUGGGCUUUCCUGCAUGCAGGAGCCACAAGCCCACCUACUGCAAAUUAAUUCGCUACAUUCAGUAGUGUUCAGUGUGAAAAAGUGUCUUUUAAAUCUGUUUAACAUAGAUUUAUGAUGCAUUGUUGAUACACUAUUGUUUUUUACAAUAAAAAGCCCCAAAAUGA